CUUUCUUAUUCUUUACUAGUUGUAUGGACUUUCUUUUCUUUAUCAUUUGAGAGUUUCAUGCAGGUGUAAAGACCAACAUGACAGGCCUCGAUAUUAUUUCUGAUAUGAACCACUUCAAACACGACCCGAAGUGGAGCGGCCGGCUGGGGCCUGCGGAGGGGGGCGGGAUGCAGCUGUGUGUGGCCUGCAUUGUAGAGAUGUUAAAUAGUGAAGAUAUAUCGUCUGUGAAGAAGUCUUUUGUCUUGUCUGGAAUCAGCGGGGUGCUGAAGUGUGCUCCGAGGGCCCUGAGAGACCUGCUCGGAAAGGACCACCGAGCCUCUAUGCAAUUCACAGCUUCUAUACUGGGGAUGCUUCACACUGUGGAAGAUCAGGCCACUCUGGAAAAGGUGGAUCAAGUGCUGGUUCAGCUGCUGUUGGAGGUCCAGAGCGAGCUGUCAUACCGUUUUGUUUUGGAGGAGAUACACAAACAGCUGAGUGACCAGCUCAAUAUGAAGAGUUUCCUGCCCACCUUCACCUUUUUGGGGAACCUGGUGGAAGCAAUCCCCAACGUGGCCCAGAGUCUGGUGACCCAGUAUGUCCCCCUUCUGGAGCAGCUUUGCUCGGCCUUGCUGUACCCGGACGAAGCUCUGAAGGCUUCGGUCCUGCAUGUGUGGCUCAAACUGUUUGGGACAGCGGGGGGGUCGGCGGCCCUAUCCAUGCCCCCCGCCAUCAGGGACAGAGUGUGUGUCCUGUUGCUGCAGACGUUUGCCAACGCCGGAUCCCACCGACUCAUCACUAACUGCGUUGAUCUGCUGUGGCUGCUGGUGCAUAUCCGAGAGGCAGUGUCAGUUCUGAUGAGCAGCCCUGGCGAUCAGAUCCCGUGCCAUGAGAACCAGAAGCUCCGUACCAACAACGAGCAGAACCCGAGCCAAAACCCAGAGCAACAGUACCCGGACCAAUGCCCUCUGCCUCUCAUUCUGAAAAAGUUGCUGAUGAGUGGGGAUGAGACUCUGCAGGUCACCAGUGCCAAGUGUAUUGCAGCCGUCCUGGUUCAUUCUCCCAAUCAGUACAGCACUCCCUUCAUCAUGGCUGACGUUCCUGAGUUUCUGUUCGACCGUCUGGCCAGUAGCAACUCUGAUUUGCUGCUGUGGUCGACCUACAGCUGCCUGCUGUUACUGAUGGACAACCCUCUCUUCUUCUCCCAGUGUCACUCUAUCUACGGUAUGGAGUCUCUGGUGCGCAGUCUGAAAGAGGCUCUGCAGCUGACCAACCUGGAGGUGUCGCAACAAGGUCUGCUGCUCCUCACUGAGAUACUGGAGAGGCAGCCCCCGAGCGAGCGUCUGUUCCCCAGUGCUUCAGACUUUGCGGCGGUCUCUGAGGCGGUGACGGGUGGAGUCUCCUCCUCCUGUCUGAAGGUGGCCGCACAGGCUGCCAGCGCUGCGUCCGCCCUGUUCAAACUGAACAACCAGUCCCGACCGGUGCUUUACGGGAAGAUAGAGGGAUUGAUCGAGGCCAUCACGAACCGAUUCCCCGAGCUGCCACUACCCUCUCAUCCUCAUCGUCGAACAUCUGUGAGUUUGUCAGGCAAAAAGAGCGAGGACUCGAGAGCCGAGGAAUUUCUGCUCCGGGCCCUGAUCUGUUUUCAGGCUGCCUGCAGGUUGGCUGAGGAGUGUGCAUCGGAGCCCGCCCUGAAGGAAAACACAUUCACCGCUCCCUCCAAACAGAGCCAAUCUCAGGACUCACUGGAGUCUCUGUGCAUAUGUAUGAUGCGCUGCUGCGACUCCACCUGGAUACCCACCGUCAUUAAAAUGUGUGAGGAGGCACCGCACGCUCAUAUCCUGCAGCACUUCUACUCCAUCCUGUCCUUCCAGUUCACCCUGGUUCCCUCUGCCAUGCCUGUCUUUGCAAAUAAGCUAGCCUCCUCUGGUUUCUUCAGGCUGCCUCUGGAGCACAAACACUUUCUCUGUGUGGGGAACAGGCACCCACACCUGAAUGCAUCAUGCUGUGGUUUUCUACAGAAACUCAGCAUGUGUCUGCUUUUCCCGACAGACCCUGCUGUGAGCUCCUGCCAGAAAGAUUUGGAGAUGGUGGAGAAUCUCCUGCUGUACAACCUCCCCUCUCUGAGUUGCCGCAUCUCAGACUGGCCCUCUCUGCUCUGUGAGCCCCCGGGGCUCCAGCUGAGUGAAUGUAAAGGACCAAGGGCCACCCAGUACUGCCUGAUGAUAGUGCUGCACCUCGCCCUGCAGCAUGGAGACAGGCUCCUCCCGGACCACACGGUGUUCUCCAGUGUGGUAUGGCUGUUGCACUCGGUGCAGGCGCAGGGCAUCUGUGCUCCACCUCACACUGUGCUCCGUUCUACCCUCUACCUGCUGGCAGCGACUCAGGAGACGAACCCAUCACUCGACAGGACUCCUUUGGGCUUCAUCAGCAAGGCGCUCUCCUCCUGCCAGAGCUUCUCCUCCCUCUACAUCCACCACCCUGCUCUGCUCCACUUCAUCUGUCAAUACCCCAGUCUAGCGGAGAAGUUUGGGUCGCUGGUCCUGGAGCUUUGGUUGACCAAGCAGACACAGCACACAGACGCAGAGCAGAGCGCGGAGAAAGGAGAGCCGAGAGAGAGCAGUGCAAAGGAGGAUCAGCAGCCGGACACAGAGACACUGGAGCUGCUGACUCUGAUGGAGAAACACCCAGCGGUCAUACUGAUCCUCCUGGACAUGGUCUGCAGCAGAGACCGCCCCCUGGCAGGCAGAGCUCUGGGAGUGCUGGAGGUUCUUGUGCAAUCUCAGAGAGGCUUGGAGUCUGACUUGUGUUUCAGUCUGAGGCCCGCCCUGCUGCAGGCACUACAGAGACACAGUGUGGAGAACAUGGGACAUGGACUCAGCCAGGGACACGCUGCACCGGCAGUAAACUCGCUCCCUCUGCUCCUGAAGCUGCUUUGUGUGAUGGAGGCCAGCGACCUGCCUUCAUCCUCCUCCUACGGCAAGAUAGAAGGCGUGCACUUCAGGCUGCUCUAUCACGUGAGUAAUAUCACAGGGAGGUUGAAGCCCAGCGACACAGAGAGCCUGCUUCCCGCCCUCAGCUUCCUGUACUGCUGCUUGAGCCUGUCCCCGGCACACUGCACCGACAGAGCUGUCUCCGUGCUGCUCUCCAACAGUGGCCUGAUGGACCAGCUGCAGACAAUCCUCUCCUCCUACUCUUCAUCCUCCUCUUCAUCCUCUGCUCCAUCAGCCGCUCCUCCCUCAGGCUUGCUGUGCUGCAGCCACCUCCUCCUGUCCUCCCUCAUUACCUUGCAGCGCGUUCACUCGGGUCAGGUGCAAAAGAGGAUCAGUUGGAGCCUGGACGCAGCUGUGCAGCGACUCCUCUUUCAGAAGCGAAACACGGACAAUCUCUCGCUGGUCAGCAUCCUGAGGUUGCUGCAGGUUCUCCUCGAUGCUGACCUGACAUCAGCAAUGGUAUCUCUGAGCACCGGUCCUGGCCUCGUGGGGACCCGGCCCCUGGGGGUGGAGGACGGGGCUUUGUACCCUCUCGGCAACAGAGGAGCCCAGUGCCUCUCAACGGCUCUCAGUGGACUUCUCCUGCAGAAGCACGAGCUGUUGCUGAGAGCUUCAGUGAACUGUCUGAGCUCCCUGCUGGGUUUCCUGCAGAGGAAGAGCCCCUCCACAGCGAAGUUCGUGGUGUGUCAGCCGUGGAGUCGCUUCCUCGUCUACUGCCUGCUCGGCUCAGGAGAGAGGUGCCGUCUGCACCCCGUCCUCCUCAAACUCAUCACCCUCCUACUGCAGCACGGCACUAGUACGGUGGUGCUGUGGGAGUCUGACCUGGUGCAGGUGAUGGAGGAGGUGGAGCGGAGGGGGGUGAAGGAGCUCAGCGAGGAGGCAGCACAGGCCCUCAGGCUGCUGCUCUCACAGAUGCAGAUCAGUGUCCUGCAGCCGCCCCUCACAGAGCAGCAGAAGCAGAGAGUGACGAGUGUGAUCGAGUCCCUCGCCCUUCACACUCCUCCAGAGAGCUGCAGCCCAAAUCUGCCCGGCAACGUCCUGUAUCCUUCAUCUGUGAAGGGACACAUCCUCUACGUGUUGGAAACGUGUCCAUCUGUGUGUCUGACUUCACAGUGACAUCAGGCUGACGUUCCAGCAAACGGAACUCAACGAGCCAUCGAUGUGUUUCAUUGUUCCUUAAUCGCUGCACAUCUUUAAGUCUAACAUACCUUGUGUGUUUCCCGUUCGUCUCUUAAAGCACUGUAUUCUCCUGCCUACCACUGACUGUGUUACAGUGAAAGAAGUUACUGCGUGUUUGAUCUCAAAGCAGUGUUAAGAAAGGUUCGAUAAACAAUGUUCUUUAAUCAUUCAAAGAUCAAAAGCUCAUUUGUGUCUUGUUCAUACAUACUUAUGCUAGUUUUUUACAUGGUUUUAUACUACAUAGCACUCUCUUCUUAAAAUACAUCACCUAACAACUGUAUUUAUGACCAUUUAUGAGCAAGAGCACUUAAAACACAAACAUGUUGACUAAUUUAGUCUUAGAAAUGUGACGUAACAACACAAGAGAGAUGUAUUUGUCAGAUAUUACACAUGUUUUAAAUACAAUUGCAGAUUUUCUUCUAACAUGUUUUUGAAAUAUUUUUAGAUGUCAGAAAACGCAAAUUAAAUUGAAUAAAUCUUAAAACUUU